AAGGCUGGGACUUUGCAACUAAUUAACGUGAGAUCCACUUUAAAGAAGAAGAAAAAAAAUAGAGGAGAAAAUUAUCUUCUUUAAGUUCUGAAGUAUUUAGGGAAGAAAAGCCUGAAACUGAUAUUUGCAAUUAAUUUCGUGGGUGAACAUUCAUUUCAGGUGUUUUCUAUGAGGUGAGAGACAAGUUGGAUGAUGGCAGAAUUACCAGGUUAUCUACGCACCUGCUUGCACACUGGAAAACUUGCACUGUUGGCAAUUUUAGUUUCAGGAGGAAUUGUAUUGCAAAUCUUGGCAUGUGCUCUCUACAAUAAUUGGUGGCCAAUGCUGACUGUAAUAAUGUAUGUGCUUCUUCCAAUGCCUUUGCUGUUCUUUACGGGCUCUGAUGCUUCUCUUUUAUCUGAAUCCAACAACGGUUGGGUCAACGCAACAAAGUUCUUGACCGGAGCUUCGGCAGUUGGAAGCAUUGCUAUACCGGCUAUCCUGAAGCAUGCUGGAAUUAUCAGCUGGGGUGCACUGGCAAUGGAAGUUUCAUCUUAUUUCAUAUUUGUUCUAGCCAUAAUGUGUUGUAUUCAAAUGAACGAGGACGAUGAUAAUUACAGAUUCCUCUGAAUCAUGAUAAUUCAGUUCCCACACACGAUCACGCAAAGCGUUAAGGAUGUUUCUUUCCUGUUUUGACGAGCCUCGUUUCCAUUGCUUCUGUAGAUAUUGGGUGUGUUAUUUUCUUUCUUUCUUUUUUGUCCCCAUGUAGUAAGUGGUAUUAUUGUGUUGGAACUUUGAACCUCGUUUAUGUGGAGAUUGAACUUGCUUCAGAAUUAA